AAAAAAGUAUUUGAAUCAACUGAAGAGCCAAGACAAUAUAAAGGAUGUUAACGAAAAGGUCUUUGAUUUCUAUGAGGAGAUACUUAUUUUAGCUUCCGAAGACGCUGUACGCCAAUCUCAAGAGAAUGGGGAGCCUUAGACACUGGUAGAAUCAAAGGAGUUUAUGCUGGAUACAAGAAACGCCUCAAAAAUUUCUGAACGUGAUUAUAUUUACCAAAUUUGGUUACCUUUGCUCAGCAAAUUAUAUAAUAUCAACAAAAACAUCGUACGAAUCAAAACAGGUGAAACCGUAUCAGAAAACACCACUGAGUCGAAGGCCAAUUUAUAUUACAAUCAUACAAAUAUCAUUGGUUUCAAGACUGAUUUGCGUAUACUAGUUGAUUUUGAUGACGAGGAGUUUGAUUUAGUGUGUGGUGAAGGUUGUUUGCGCGAUGCAAGUGAUAAAAAAAUAAGCAGUGAUAUUAGUAAGCUGGCCAGAGAAGGAAAGGAAGCAGAAGUAGCAAUUCAACAAAUAUACAAUAGUAUGGACAAAUAUUCUAUCAAAAGCAGAGCAUGGCUGUGUCAAUUUAUCGGUCCACGAUGUAUUUUUUCCACUAUUCAUGCAACAAAGCACCAAUACCAUGUUAUGAUUCCUGAAUUCAGUUUGACCUUCCCCACCAGCUUUCUCGGAUCAGAUGGCAUCAGCUCGAUCAGAUGUUUAUUUACUUUUCGUGACAGUGUUGAAAAAGCCGCUCUUGCUAUAAAAGAAAUUCUCGGUGAAAACAAACAAAAGAUUACUACAGCAAAAAACUCCAGUAGGUGCUUAUCUUUCAUUCCUGAAAAAUUAAAUAUCAUCCCAGAGCCAACAUGGUUCACUCCUCCCCACGCUGAUAGAAGUUUAUCAAGAAUCCCUAGUCAUAUGGUGUUUGAAAGUGGUGUUGCAGCCAAUAAUAAUGUGGCUUGUUGUUACACAGGAUAGGAUCUUUCCUAUAAAUACGCUUCCUUUUUUUUAUUUCUUAAUAAAUAUUCUUUAGUUUUGUCUUUACCUAAAUUUGGGAUUUAUCUUGUAAUUGAUACUAGUAGUAUUUCCUCCGCUUUUUGUUGCUGUUUGUUGUCUAUUGUAAAUUAUACAAUCACAUCAUCUUCUUACAUAAACCCGUCGUAAACUCUUUUAUCUUUGACAUCUAAGAACUAUAUUCUCUUCUCAUCUCUCACUGUAUUAUUAUCGAUUUGCAUUUUAUUGUCUUAUCCAUAUAUUUUAUCGUCUAAGAUCACUACAGAAAUACUCUUAAUAAAUAAUAAAACUAAGUUGACAACUAAAAGUCUGGUGCUCACUAUCACAAUUGUUAUAUAAUAAUAAUUGUCCCUU